AUGGCCAACAUUAAAGAUCACUUCGAAGAAGUCGCUCAGUAUGAAGCGGAUCAGACUGGAAAGACCAGAAAGCGAGCGCUCGAAUGUGGCGGAGAUAAUAAUAGCGAUAACACCGAAAGAUGUCCAGCUAAGCAGGGCAGCAAAGGCGUCACACAGAACAUGCGAACAAAGAAAAGAAGAACGACUGGAGAACCGCCUCCAGAUAUAUAUCAAAGCCGGAGAAAGUUUUCUUCGUCGUUAGAAAAAGAAACGCAUGAUAAUUCUACCCGAGGUUCACCUCUGGAAGGCCCAGAAAUUGCGAUCAGGGAGAGCAUGACAGACAUCGAGCAGCUGUGCACCAACGAAGCUGCCGAGAUGUUCAUCUUGAAGAGGGCUAAGACUGAGCAGGUGGACAGCAGCCCGCCUGUAAUGUUGAUGAAGGUUCCAUACAAGCUGGCAACGAUGAUCCAAAACCAGAUCUCAACCGGCCUCAAAUACCGGCGCGAAAAACACAUAUCCAUACCGAAACUGGACCAGGAAUUGAGAAUGACCAGGCUGUCGCAAAAGUCCGUCGAGCAUCGUUUGCAAGGAUUGCCGAAGCUCAGUGGAGGCCGAACGCCCACUCCGCAUGAAAGUCCCACGGCUGAGCGCUUGCACCGAGAAGCGCAUGAAAUCAAUCAGAAGAUGGAAAGGAUUGAGCAGAAAAAGAAAACUCUAUCGCGCGACAUUGAGCUUGCCCGUAAAGCAUGGGAAGGUGUUGUAAUGGUAGUAGAGAAGAAUCUGCAGGAUAUCUUUGUCCGGUGCGGGCUGUUUGAGGAUGAUAAGGCGGUGAGUGUUCCUCCCGUCGCGCAGAGAGUUGAAGGGAUGAAGGUGGCGAGUAAGCCUCCCAUCGUGUCACGCUUCGAUGAAAAGAAGGAUUCUAAACCUCUGCCUGGCGAGAAUGAAGCCACGACGAAAGCAGCAAACGAGGGAGAAUUGAGCGUUGGUCAGGCCAUUGCUAUCGUGAGAGAGGCCGAAGCUCGGAGAGAGAAGCACGAGGCUCAAAGACAACACGACGAACAUCGUAACACUUUCCGACGAGGACUUCUCGCGGCACGCGCUGCUGCUGCUGCUGCCGACCGACCGGAUGCACCCGACCGCCUCAUAGAGGAAGAGUUCAGCCGCGACUAUGUGCGCGCUGGAAGCAAGCUUGCUGAAGCGGUGACACGCGCAGAAGCGGCCCAUGAAGCUCAGUUGGUAGCUGCAGCAGAAGCAGCAGUCUCCAUCAUAGGCUCGGACGAUGACAGGGAACCAAACUUCCCAUACGAUCUUGAGGAAUAUGCAGCAGUGAAGAAGCAGUGUCUUGACCGAGAUGCCGUCCAGGAAUGGAUUAAUGCCAUUGACGCGAGCUCCAAACCCAACCUGCGGCCUUUGGGGUACCUACUGCACAUGGCAGAGAAGUGGAAACGGGCAGCAGAGGGAGAUGACGACGUCUCGAGCUCAGGAGAGGAUAUCAUGCCGAAUGCCGGCGUUGAGCCCUGUAGAGAGACAUCACCAACGCAAGACUCCGUGCUGAGGCUGGCAUCGAAAAGUAAGUCCUGGCACACGGAGCUGUACUGGAGCUUCAGCGACUGCGCGGAGGGAAAGAAACGGCGGCGGAUCGACGACUGGACACGCAGGAUACAACAACCCGUUGGAUAG